AGACAGAUGUCUGGCAAAAACUGCACUGCUGUGAAUGAAUUCAUUAUUUUGGGGUUAACAGAUGAUCCAACACUUCGUGUAAUCCUUUUUUUGAUAUUCCUAGGUGUCUAUGCUGUUACCUUAGUUGGUAACCUUGCCAUAAUCUUAUUGAUCAGAAAUAGCUCCCAACUUCACACUCCAAUGUACCUUUUCCUCAGCCACUUGGCUUUUGUGGACUCUGCAUAUUCCUCAUCUGUCACACCUGUUAUGCUCAAGAACUUCCUUGUGGAUAAAACCAUAAUCCCUUUUGGAGGCUGUGUGUCCCAAAUGUUCUGUGGCGCUACCUUUGGUACAGCUGAGUGCUUCCUGCUGGCUGUGAUGGCCUAUGAUCGGUAUGUGGCCAUCUGUAGACCCCUACUCUACUCCACUAACAUGUCUAGUAGGGUCUGCACUUUGUUACUCAUCACAUCCUACUUGGGUAGUUGUGUAAAUGCUUGGAUCUUCACUGGUUGCUUAUUGAAUCGGUCCUUUUGUGGACCCAACAAAAUCAAUCAUUUUUUCUGUGAUUACUCACCACUUUUAAAGCUUUCCUACUCCCAAGAUGAUCUUGCUGAAAUUCUUCCUUCUGCCUCUACUGGGUCAAUAAUUAUGAUCACAGUGUUAAUUAUCAUCAUCUCUUAUGUAUACAUCCUCUUCUCUGUCCUGAAAAUAAGCUCCACUGAGGGAAGAUCCAAAGCCUUCUCAACUUGCAGCUCCCACCUCACUGCAGUCACUCUCUUCUAUGGCACCCUUACAUUCAUUUAUGUGAUGCCCAAGUCUAGCUACUCAACAGAUGUGAAUAAAGUAAUGUCUGUUUUCUAUAUUGUAAUGAUCCCCAUGUUGAACCCCCUGAUCUAUAGUCUAAGAAACAAUGAAGUAAAAGGGGCCCUGAGAAAACUGAUGAGUAAAAAACACCUUUUUUCAUGA